GUUUGUCCGCAGCGGCGACUACAUGAGUUCCACGGAUGGAUUGGUGGCGGAGCUUCUUGAACGGGGCAUUGCAGUUCUGGCCUACUCUGGGGACACAGACCUUGUGGUAGAUUGGCUGGGCACUCGGGACUGGAUGGAGAGGCUUGAAUGGCGAGGGCAAGCCAAGUGGGCUUCAGUCCCUCUGAAGCCCUUCAAGGUGCACAAUCGAACGGUGGGUCGGCAGAAGUCGUAUGACGGCUUCACGUUCCUUCAGAUCUUCGAGUCCGGCCACCUUGUGCCCAAGGACCAGCCAGAGGUGGCCUUGCGGAUGCUCCGGAAGUUCGUCUCCUUAGAUUCAGAUUGGGUGGCUGCACCGCCCACAGUCUUCAAGGGAGGCCCCAAAGGCAUGGGCCUUUCGGCUAUGGCCCCAGAAAAAGUCCAAGACAGCUCCAAAGUUAUGGGCCUUCUGGCUGAAGCUGCAGACAAGGCCCAAGACAACAAAAUUGUCUUGGGCACUGUAAGUUUGCUGGGUGCCGCAUGUGCCGCGUUCUUGGCUUGCAUGCUCCGCUUUGGGUCGCACCGGCAAGAGCCUGAUGCGCAGUAUUCGCUGAUGACAUAG